AUGCUACCAUGCGAAGGAGUCUUUAAGAAUGCUACCGCUACUUUUAUAAUUGGGAACAAUGAACUUUGCGGUGGAUUGUCAGAAUUUUACCUCCCCUAUUACAUCUCCAAAAGCUCUACUAGCAGAAAGAUCGAUGUAAUGAUAUUGUCCACUUCUGUUAUUUUUGGAGUUCUUGGAAUAGCUCUUAUUCUAGCUUUUAUAUAUCUCUGUUGGUUGAAGAAAAAAGUAGAUGAACCAGUUUCAAGUUUGAAGGAUGAUUCAUGUCCGAACGUUUCUUAUGGAACACUCUUAAAAGCAAUUGACGGUUUUCCUUCAGCAAAUUUGAUCGGUAUUGGAAGCUUUGGUUCCAUUUAUAGGGGGAUCCUCGAGGAAAAUGAAACCGUUGUUGCUAUAAAGGUGCUUCAUUUAGUCUGUGAAAGUGCUUUGAAGAGUUUCAUAGUCGAGUGCGAGGCAUCAAGGGACAUCAAACAUCGAAAUCUUUUGAAGAUAUUAACAGUUUGCUCAAGUAAUGAUUAUCAAGGAAAUGAUUUUAAGGCCUUAUUCUAUGAAUUCAUGGACAAUGCAUGCCUAGAACGGUGGCUACACCCAAAUGCAACAUCAUCUCAUGGGAAUGAACUUCCGAAAAAGUUGAACUUCAUUCGGAGGAUAAAUAUAGCUAUUGGUAUUGCUACUGCACUGAAUUAUCUUCAUCAUCAGUGCCGUGUUCCCAUCGUUCAUUGUGAUCUAAAGCCUAGCAACAUCCUCUUAGAUGCUGAGAUGGUCGCACAUGUUGGCGACUUUGGAUUAGCAAAAUUCCUUCUUGGAUCAUCCCUUGAUACUGUAGCUAACCAAAUGAGCUUAAUGGAAUACAAGACAUCAACCUCAACAAUCUCCACCUUGGCUUGGAUUAUGUAA